AGAUCGAGGCAUUCUGCCAGUUCAGAGGCGCGCGCAUGCACACGCUCUCGGAAGCGUAGCCUACAUUGUGUGAUCAGCACAUUAAUAAAGACUAGGCUAUUCCUUAAGCUUGCUUCCGGAUCGAUAGAGGCAGCUUAUUGAUAUGAUAUUGGUACAGUUGUAAUAUAGAACCCGUUGUUUAAAGGAAAGGCAGGGGGAAAAUACAUACCGCCCUGUGCAAUGAGGUAAACAUCAUUCCUGUCUACGACUCUGGCAGCUGAAUCUCCAGACCAUUUGGGUGUGACCUGCCCCCGUCAACUGACCACUCUCUUCUAGCCACUGCGACCCCUCUCUCCGUCUCCAUGUUUACUUUGUGGUGAGAGAUGGGAGAGAUGGUCUUCCCUGUGACUCUCCAUCACCUCCUAUUGGUAGGGGUCUGUCUCUGUGUCUACAGCACCCCAGUCCCGCCCCUCCAAGACUACGCACCCACCUCACAGGACAGGGUCUGUGAUGGACAAGCCGGGGAGCCAAUGGAGGGAGAGCCCUGUGUAACACCAGCAACACCUGUCAGUGUCACAUCAACAAGUGUCCAAUCUGGGCCCUCUGAUCCCGGCAGACUGUCCUAUGGGAUGGCAGAACACAUGACCGGCAGCUGGACUGAACUAUCAGAGAAUGUUGGCGCAGGGGGAGGCACUGGCCCAGAUGUGGGGGGACGCAAACCAGCGGGGAUAGAGGCGGUGACGAAGGCACGAAACGUGGACAGUCAUGAGGGUAUAUCUGGACCGGGAGGGGCUGAGAGCCAGGGGAGGGAGGCAGAGACAGGGGCUGCCUUUGAGAGCCUCUCUGAGGGGAAGGAGACUCACAGACAGCCUGUAGAAGCUCCAGAACUGUACACAGAUAAAGAGAUGAGAGUAGGGCCCGAAGAGGAUCCUAUGGAGGAUGUACCUACUAUCACCACUGGGGCCAUGUUAGCUUCCCUAGGAGAGAAGCAAGGGAUGACAGUGGCCAUGAACACACCCAGAGCUGCUUUACAUGGUGCCUCCAGCGCAGCCAGAGCCCCAGAAAUAGACAGCCAGACAGGGACGCACCUUGCUGGGGAGAGAAGAGACCUCAUCCUGGAAGAGAGGCCAGAUCUCCAUGGAGGAAAGGAAGGGGAACUCAGAGAGAGCUUGCCCGACCUCAGAGCUCCUCUUCUGGUGCAGGAGACAGAGACGACCAGACCGAGCUCCUCAUCUCCCCAUAGUAUCCUUACAAACUCCCCUUUGACCUCCAUCCCUCCGUCAGUAUGGGGAUCCAGAGGAGAAGCUCAAUCACUUCCCCCUAGUGGUCUGGAGGCCGCUGGCCCUGCAACUCCACAGCCCCAAGAUGGAGAGACAGCACCUGCUCUCCCAGACCCCCUCCUGCCUGACCUUGGACCAGCCCUGACAGGAUCCUCCAGACAGGAUGACCCUGACAGCCUCUGGACUGAAACACUACAGCAAAAUGGGGCCGUGGAUGCCAGUGCCCCUCCCUUGCAGGACGCAUCCACAGAGGGCACGAUGUCAUCGGAGGACCUCCCUCUCAUCUUCGAGCCCUUUGAUGAUAUCACACCUGAAGGGGCGGGGGUAGUGACGGCCACUCUCACGCCCGGCAACUCACAGCCGUCUGUCUCCAUGGCUACCACGGGGAUGCUGCUGUCAGAGGUGGAGUUCGACCAGGUGGACACAGGUGACACGGGGCCAUCCCGUGUCCCACCCCCGGUGCUACCAGAUUGGACGUCGCCAUGGCAGACAUCCGGGGCUGAGAUCUCUGAGCCUAUCAGCCCCUCUGGUCCACCCAUAGACCCCCCCCCUUCAGAGACAGAGACAGAACAGCCAGUAGACCAGUCUGACACAGGUGGCAGUGAGACCAUACAGAACCCAGAGGAAACCCUGCCCACCUCCGAACCCAACCCUACAAGCACCGCCUCCCAGCAGACCACCAUGACAACGGUCACCAAGACAACCAAUCUGCCUGUGGCCAAAUCAGGUCUGGAGGAACUGGAGUCUGAAGAGGAGCCAGAGGAGGAUGAGAACACGGAGGAGUCAGAGGAAGAGGACAGCGAAGAGGAUCUGAAUGAGACCCCUAUGCCAGCCCCCACUCGACCUCCCUACAGCCUCAUCCCUCCGCCUCCUGUCUGGGUGCAGCACAAUCAGGGCCUGAUGCGUAGCUGGGUGGAACUGAUCAGAGAAAAGGCAGGGUAUAUGUCUGGGAUGUUGGCCCCGGUGGGCAUUGGCAUCAUGGGGGCCCUGCUCAUCGUUGGGGCCCUUUACAGCAUCAGGAUGAUCCACCGUAAGAGGAGGAACAGCUUCAAACACCAGCGUAGGAGGAAGGCCAGGCACACGGAGCAACCCAGGGAGCCAAACAGCAAUGGGCAGGAUCAAGCGAUGCUAUUGGCUGACAGCUCUGAGGACGAGUUCUGAUCCCACCCACAGCCCUGUGCCUGUAACUGAUUAAACUCGGCCCGCGUCGUCGUCAUCACAUCUCCAUGACUACCACAACUCCAAUCACUGUGGGCCAAUUGGCUAUGAUUCAUCAGAGAGUAUUUGACUGUCUUACCGACAAGACUGAUGGGUAUUUGACAUGUAAAACAGGGUUGAACAUUUUAACACCUAUGUAAUUACAAGUGCAUAGAGGAAAAACAAUACAAUAUUUGAAAAAUAAACUCCAGGCUAUUGACAUUCUUGUAUGAUCCACAAUGUGUUUGAGAUCCUUUAAACCAACACUGUGUGGAGCAUACAAGAAUGUCUGUGUCCUGAAGCCUCUUUUUCAAUUACUUUCUAUGUCAUAAAAGGGCUAGAGCAGAUUCCAUGGCAUUUAACAGGCUCUCUGUUUAUAUAGCUGACGAGGGGUGUAUUUCAAUAGUCUAAAGUGGCUUCCUCUUCUUGUCUCCUUUUCUACAUUUAGGAAGCAACUUCAGAAAUGAAGCCACUUCAGGCUAUAGAGAUACACUUAUGGUUACUGGAGUAAGAUUGUCACACACUAUAGUGUACAUAACACAUCAUAGACACUGAAAAAACAUAAGCUGUCGGCACCAGUGUGCAUUAAUGACAGCCAUUGCUUGAUUCAGCCUUGUCGAUUGUUUAAGGCCAAAGGAAUAUCAUUCUCCUUCAAAAGCAUUCAGCAGGAACCAGCUCUCUGUGUGUGUACAGUUACAGAAAACGGAUAUUUCCAUUGUUGCUCCUCCUGAAAAUGUUGUUUUUCCUCCAGUGCGUGGCAAGCAACCUCUUCCAUAACUGUAUAUACAAAGCUAAUGCUUAUUUAAUAAUCUCUAUAUUAUUUACUAUUGAACAGCCUACUCUACAGAAAGUCCAAGUCAUUCAGAAUCAUUACAUCCAUAGCCAUGCUGAGGGAUUUUUAAAAGGGAGACCACUGUUUUUUCUCCUAACUGCCUAACAAUCAAUUUUUCUUAAUUUGCACUGGAACCUGAAAGAACUGAGCAGGUGAAAGCCAAAACUCUAAGGAGAAAUGUUGACAGGUUUACAUUCCCCCUGGUUGAUGCCGUUGGGAUCCAAAUUCAUAUAUUUAUUCAUUUCUGUGGUUGAUGCAUCUAUUGUCUGCAUUUUAGCACUAAAUAUCAAAGGUGCUUUGAAAAAUGUAAUUCAAUGUAAUGAAGUAAUCUUGCAUUGUAUAGUAGCCAUUCAAGUUUGAAAUGUGUCACAUUUUGCAUGAUCAUCUCCUGGUAGGUUGCUUGAGAUAUAUUGCCUGUGAAUAUGCAAUAAUAAUGUCAUGUAUGGGUUCUUCUGUAAAAUGGUCACAUUUUGGGCUUUCUUUCUAUAGAUACCAAAUGUGUAGUGUUUACCAAUAAAGCUAUCCUUUACCCAG